CCGCGCCCCGCGCCCCGCGCCCGCCCGGCCAUGGGCUGCCGCGGCAGCGCCCUGCGCUGCUGCCCCGCCGGCGCCGAGGCGCGGGCUGCCGCCAGCCGGAGACGGCUGAAACCCCGGCAGCCGAAGGCUUCCCGGGAGCUGAAGGCCUUGAAGGCAGAGAAUGCCGGUGCCACGCUGUUGCCUGAAGAUGGGAAGGAGAAAGCCGCGCUGCCAGGGGAGCAGAGGACAGGGACUGUAAAAAUUUCUGAGGAGGAAAAGGAGAGCCUGAGACAAGCCCGCGAGGCGGAGACCCAGAGGCUUGCCCAAGACGUUAAAAUCCAGGUGGAAAAGGGAAAAGACUUGGAGCUGAAGGAGCAACUCUCUGAGCUGUUCAAUGCACUGAAGAGAGAGCACGAAGAGACCCUGCAAGAGCUCCAGAGAGCACACGACCAGGAGAAGCUGCUGCUGGCAGAGUCCCACCAAAGGUCCCAGGAGGCCUUACAGGAAACAAUAGACGCCUUGAAUUCCCAGCUGAAGUCCUUCCAGGAGAAGAUGAAGCGGGUGGAGGAAUCACUCUUGAGCAGAGACUACAAGAAACAUAUCGAGGAGCAUGGGAGCCCCAGCCCGUUUUGGGAGCAGGAACUGGAGAGCCUGCACUUCGUCAUUGAGAUGAAAAACGAGCACAUCCAUGGCCUGGACAAGAAGCUGCUGAACCUGGAGACUGUGGUAGAGCAGAACUUGCAGCUGGAGGAGAAGGUGAAAACCCUGCUGCAGGAGAACGAGGAUCUGCAUGUUCGCACCCAGAACCACUUGAUCAUGACCAGGCAGCUGUCCGAGGAGCUGCUGGCCGCCCGCGGCGCGCUGGAAAAGGAGUCGCAGCUGCGGGAGCAGGCGCGCCGCGAGAAGGAGGAGCUGCUGUACCGCGUGCUGAACGGGGGGGAGGCCUCCCCCUUCCCCGUCCCUUCCACUGAGGUGCCCCUCAUCGCCACGUAGCACCCCACGGCACGCUGGAGGAGCUGCCGGGCCUUCCUCCGGGCACACGGACCCAGAGCAGCUCUCACGCGGCAACGGACCAUUUCGCAGGAUGCUUCCACCCUGCCUUCCCCCUCGCUCGUGCCCUCCGUGUGCCGCGGGGCCGCAGGUGGCUCCGGCCAGCCCUGCGCAUCCCUGCCUCCGGCACCAAACCCUGCGGCUACGCACUAGGGACCAUCUGGGCUGCCUCAGGGGUGGAUCCGAACCAGCGUUCGGCUCCAGGCAGGACCAGCAUCAGCGUUCCCAGGAGUGAUCACGCAAGUUGGUUGCCCGUGGGGCAGGUGGGAUGGAGAUGAUCACCAGGUGGGUAAGGAUGGCCCCGAGGCCGGGAAGGAACGGAGGGGGAGCAGACGAUGACCAAGGGGACCCAGUGUUAAGCAUGAGGAGCAAAAGGUGGUAGCUACGCUGUUCCCCGGCAGAGAAGCCCUGCAGGAGAGGGGAGGUAGUAACAAGAGAGGGGCAUCCUGGCUCGCUGCUCCCCUGAGCUGACACCACCUGAGUUGGCUCUGCUCAUUGCUCAGAAAAGUGCAGUUCCUGCCAUUUUCACAGCAAAAUGAAGAGUCUCCCCUGCCUGGGACCUGCCAUGGCCUUGGGGAAGAGGGGGAAGCAGACAAGGCUUGCACAGCUCCCCUUCCAUCCUCCUCCUCCUGUAACCUGCUCCUGGGGAUCACUCCCAUGGCCUGGGACGUGCUCAGUCAGCAACACACGGAAGCCAAAUGCUUCUGGCUCUCACACCCCGCCAGCUGGCCCUGCAGGCCCCAUCUCCUCCCGCAAAGCUGGGCAGGGGCUGCAUGCUCGAAGGUGCUUUCAGGGCACAAAGUGUCAUCUCACAGGGGAGCAGGCUUUGGCGGUGACUGCCAGCGAGUCCCAUCCCUCCCUGCCCAUGUCCCCAGCGCAGGGAGACACUGGAGCAGCAGGGACAAGGGGGACCGGAGAGCUGCAGGACAUCGGCUGGAUGCGCAGAAGCACCUUGCACUGGGUGCAUGAGUGUGGUGGGAUGGCAACUGCUCCAGUGGCCGUCCCCAGCCUGCCCCCCCCAUCCCAAGCAGAUUUAGCCGGGGUGGGGAGGUGUGUGCGCGCGCAUGUGUGUAUGUAUGUGAGUGUGUGUGCACUAGGCCAAUGCUGUACCAAUUACAACUCUAAAAGCAGCAGCCUAAAAGAA